AAUUAUUGUUAUGGCAAAAUUAUGUUUUUCGAGGCCAUAUGUUGCUCGUACACCUACCUUUUCAGAUGAUGGAGCAGUUACACUUGGAUCCAAGAGAAGCACUUUGUUUGAAGUUGAUGCUAAAACCGGAAGGAUCAUUCAAACCCAUAGUAUGUCUGAUUCUGAUAAUUCUUCUACAUCUUGGAGUGAUGACAAGAAGAGUGAUACAGAUAUCCUUAUAACAAAGAAAAAGGAUCUUGCUAAUCCUACGGAGCUGAAUUCGCCGGAGUUGCUACUCAAGAUAUUUAGGACAGAUUAUUCUCUUCGAUCUGUUGGUCCUAGUUCAGGAGUAGUUUUGUGGACUAUGACUGUAUCCGAAUUCGAGGCUGUAUUAUUAUGCCAACAUACUUCAUUUGAUGCCGAUGAUGAGUAUGUUUCUGACAGUGAGCUCGGUUUUGCGAUGCCAUAUCCAUGUCAAGAGAUCCAACCAGUCUUUCGCUUGCGUAAGAAUUUUAUACUGGAACCCUCAAUCACUGAAAGGUUACCUGGUUCUGAUCAUGAAAACAGUAUGCUUUUGAUGCCUGCGUCAGAUUUGAUGCUUCCUUCACAAGCAAAUUUUGAAAAAUUAAAUGUCGAUGAUGGUAAUAUGAUGCUUCCUGUGCCAAUACCAAAUUCUUUGCCUUCCCCGAAACCAAAAAUUGUCUAUCCAAGCCGAAUGCAUGAAUGGUCAACACCAUUACGUUUUAUGAUGCUUAUGGUUUUGGGCUUUGUCCUCUAUACUCUAGUGGUUAAAAGUAAAGAUACGCCAAAGGAUCAAAACCAGUCUGAAUCGAAAAUUUUGCCUGCUAAGAAAAAGAAGACACGUAAGUCAGGAAAGAACAAUGUAGCAGUUGACAAAAAGGAAAAACAUCUGUCCUCCGAAGAUGAGGAUAUGCUGAUGCGAAAGGAUCUCGACGUAGAAGCAGGCGGGUGGAUGCAAUUUAACCAAAUUGACCAAGGUGUUGACGGACGCAGGGUUGGUAAACUGCUUGUGUCAAAUAAAGAAAUUGCUAAGGGAAGCAAUGGCACCAUUGUCUUUGAGGGAAUAUAUGAAGGUCGGGCAGUUGCUGUCAAGCGUUUGGUCAAGACUCAUCAUGAUGUAGCAUACAAAGAAAUCCAAAAUCUGAUUGUAUCUGAUCAUCACCCAAACAUUGUUCGAUGGCAUGGGGUAGAAUAUGAUCAAGAUUUUGUUUACCUUGCUCUGGAACGAUGUACAUGCAGCUUGGAUGAUUUUAUUCAAAUUUAUUCGGAUAUAUCAGAUAACCCUCUGCUUAGGAAGAACCAAGCUUUCAAGUCUUCUAUUAAGGCCCAAAUUGAUAUGGGGAAGGAUAAUAUGCAUGGUUUGUGGAAAGCCAAUGGCUAUCCAUCACCUCUAUUACUGAAAUUGAUGAGAGAUGUCGUUUCUGGGAUUGUUCAUUUGCAUGAACUAGGAAUAAUACAUCGUGAUUUGAAACCCCAAAAUGUUUUGAUAAUCAAGGAAAGAUCCUUGUGCGCAAAGCUUUCUGAUAUGGGCAUUAGCAAACGCCUCCCUGAAGAUAUGUCUGCUUUGGGUCAUAAUGCUACUGGGGCUGGCAGUUCAGGUUGGCAAGCACCAGAACAACUUGGUCAAGGACGCCAAACACGGGCCGUAGAUUUAUUUAGCUUAGGUUGUGUCCUCUUUUUCUGCAUGACUGGGGGGAGACAUCCAUUUGGAGAACGGCUUGAACGCGAUGUUAAUAUUGUGAAAAACAGAAUGGAUCUUUUCUUAGUGGAGUUCAUUCCUGAAGCAGAAGAUCUAGUUUCUAGUUUACUGAACCCUAACCCUGAUAUAAGGCCAAAGGCAAUUGAAGUAUUGCACCAUCCAUUUUUUUGGAGUCCAGAAAUGAGACUGUCAUUUUUACGCGAUGCCAGUGAUAGAGUGGAACUAGAAGAUAGGGAGACUAAUUCUGUUCUUCUGAACGCAUUAGAACGCAUUGCUACAGUCGCAUUAGGUGCGAAAUGGGACGAAAAGUUGGAACCAGCCUUUCUUACUAACAUUGGUCGAUAUCGACGGUACAAGUAUGAUAGUGUUCGAGACUUGUUGCGCGUCAUGAGGAACAAGCUAAAUCAUUAUAGAGAGUUGCCUCAAGAAAUCCAGGAACUUGUGGGAACUGUUCCGGAAGGAUUCAAUGAAUACUUUGCAAGCCGAUUCCCAAGGCUAUUAAUCGAAGUGUAUAAAGUUAUAUCCAAGUAUUGCAAAGAAGAACAAUGUUUUGAUAGGUAUUUCAAGAACCUUAAUUAGUGGCUUCAUCUAUUCAUUUGCCCCUGGUACCUAAAGAAUAUAUGAAUUAUCAACUAGGCAAAGAAUGCUGUUGUACUAUUAAGAUUACAUGUAACAUAGUGUAUUUAUGUUCACAAUGGUUAAUGUAAAUCUAAUCCAAAGUUACAGCUUCAUAAUUGUUAUUUCUUUUUAACA